AUGCUGCGCGCCAUCGGCGCCCAAAUCGAGAAGACCACCAACCGGGAGGCGUGUCGCGACCUGAGCGGCCGCCGCCUGCGCGACGUCAACGAGGAGAAGCGCCUGAAGGAGUGGGUGAAGCGACAGGCGGAGAAGAAGGACGAGGCGGGCAAGAAGAAGAAGGAAAAACUGAGGCGGCUGGCAGAGGCCACCGUGCCGGCCAGUUGCACCUACGAGGACGAGGAGCACGAGCGGACGAGGGCGGAGAUACCGGACCUGGUCGAGGAGUCGAUCAUCGUGGGGCUGCAGCAGCAGCAGAAGCUGAAGAAGGAGAAGGAGCAGAAGGAAAAGGAGGGCAAAGAGCCUCCUAAAUCGAAGCCUGAAACGAGCACUAGUGAAAGUGGAACAAAGCGCAAAGCCGACCAGCUCGAGGAGGAUGAACAAAGCAGCAGCACCAGCAGCAGCAGUGGCAGUGGUUCUGCUUCGGUGGUGACUCCAGCGACUUCAACGGUGGCCUCUACUUCUCAAGCGGCCACUUCACAGAAGGCCACUUCUGCAUCAAAAAAGCCCCAUGCCAUUAAGAAGCAGGCCCUCUGGCUGGGCGUGGACAUUGACUCGGAGGAGGACAGCGACUCGAGCGACUCGCAGGACUAG